AUUUGGCGUCGUUAGAAGAGAGGCAGGCAGGUUGGGGGUUAGUUUCCUCCAUGCGAAAAGGGUGCCAGCACCACCACCACCAAAAUCUGAUUUUCCUUCCUUCCUUCAUUCGUUCGUUCCUUCCUUCCUAUGGGGGUUUGCACCACCAGCAGCGAGAUAUCGGGCUUCGAAUCUCCUUGGAUAUCACGCACCGAUACUCCCUAAACGACGACAAACGACUAACCCUGUUCUAUCUCAACAAACAUUUCCUCUCUUAUACGUGGCAAAUAAUAUACAUUUAUUGUUUUUUUUUUCAUCAUUUCGUUAUAUAACGGAGUGGUGGGUUGUUGUUGUUGUUGUUGUUCUUGUCGUUGUCAUCAUUUGGUUAAUAAUCAUCGUGUUUCGUAUUAAUUAAUUGAUUUAUAAGUUAUUACUUGUGAAUCAGAUAGAUACGCGUGGGGGAUUAAUUAUCAACGCAAACGUUUAACAGUUAUUGUUCAUUGUUUGUGAGAUUGUUAUGUUAAUCCUGCAAUUCUUCUUUACUUGUUUAAGUAUUAUUCAAGUUGAGAUUAUUCGACGGAUUUAUUCAGUUUUAUUUAUAUUCUUAUUCGAGUGUAAUUCUUCUUCUUCUUCUACUUCUUCAUCGUUCUUUUUUCGUGUGUCAUAAGUUUGAUUGUUCGUUAAAUUUUGUUUGUUUGUGCAACGAUACGAAAAGAUGAUGAUCAUCAAAAUCGUUUCGUUUAAUCUUUGAGAGAGACAUUGAUUAACAUUUUUUUUUGGAAUUAUUCAACGAAUCGAACGUGAAAAUUAUUUCAAAUAAUUCGGAACGAUUAUUUAAUUAUUUUUCGUUCGAUCUCAAGUGAGAUACGUGUUUGGUUUUGGUUUUUUUCUUUUUACGAAAACUGCUCUUACGAAAAAAGUGAUCGAAGAUAAACAACAGUGUCCUAGUGUGUUUUAAAAGUGAUUGAAAACAAGUAUCAAAAAAACAUGGGAACAUCAGUGUAACAUACCAUUCGAGUAUUAUUACCGAAAAAAGUGUAAUCUGUAAAUACACGGGAUUGAUACCACGAUCACAAAGUUUCCAAGACUAGUUCAGGAUUUAUACAUUUGGACAAAAAAAAAUUAAAUUUGAUCAAAAUGCAAUCAACCUGUCAACAACAAGCCCAAGCUCAUCCUGGACAAAACGGUACCUCCGCAAGUCGGACAUCAUUCCUCAUCGAGGAUAUUCUCAGUCGUGGUAGCGUACCACCCCAUACACAUCAUCAACUUCAUCAUCAACAUCUUAGCUCGGCUCAUGGUCAACAACAUCAACAGUAUCAGCAAUUCGCCAGUUUGUUGCCCGGUUAUCCGUCGGCGCCACCCACUGCUGCAUUUUUUUUGGGACCACUUUUUGGUAGCGCUGGUAUGGGGGUUGGUGUGGUACCUGGUGUCGGUGAACUUGCUGCCUUAAAACAUUGUCGACGAAGAAAAGCACGAACGGUGUUUAGCGAUCAACAAUUAGCUGGUUUGGAAGCCAGGUUCGAAGUUCAGAGGUAUUUAAGUACACCGGAAAGAGUUGAAUUAGCAGCAGCGUUGCAUUUAUCGGAGACCCAAGUUAAGACAUGGUUUCAAAACCGAAGAAUGAAACAUAAGAAACAAUUACGAAAGUUGAACACCAAUUCCAAUAGUAAUGGGAUACAAUCGUCCGGACAACAGUGUGGCACGCAAUCCGGUUCGGUGACAUCGCCAGCUGAAAGACCCGUGGACUUCUCAUUGAGCAGCGGUGGUGUUGGUGUUGGUAAUGGUGGUCGAGAAUCACGAGGAAGCAGUGAUGCAGCAAUGGAUUCCGAUGAUGACGAAAUUGAUAUCCUUGGGGAAGAUGAGGAACCAUCACCUUCCAGGAGCGUCGGAAGUUUACACCUGCCCAAACGUAGUUCAUCGACACCUUCCUUUCAUCAAACGACGACGCAACAUUCGCAUCCCCAUUCUGUUGUUACACUUUCCCAUCAAUCUUCGCAUCAACAACAACAGCAACAACAACAACACCAGCAUGCCGUUCAACAACGUCAACAGCAUCGCUGAGAAUUCUACGUUGAUGAAUUCUAACCGAGGAUUAAUUAUUUUCAACCUGGACACACAUCUAUCGCUAAUUCUUCCAUUUCUACUUCUAUUUCUACUUAUUUUCAACUAUCAGCUUCCUCUUCUUCUUCAACUUUUUCUUUUUCGUCUUAAUUCUCGAAGAAAAUUAAACAAAAACACACACACACAUCAUGAACUUGAUAAAUUUCGAGAUGACGACGAUGAUGGUGUUGUUUUGUUACCCCUCGAGGAGGAGGGGAUCAUGGGGGUUUGGGGAAAAAUAAUAUAAAAGUGAAAUAAUUGGUGCGAGAUAAUUGACGUGCUGCUAUCCAUCGGAAUUUUUUUUUCUUACGAUUAUUAUAAUAAUAAUAAUAAUAAUAAUAAUAGUAAUAAUAAUAAUAAUAAUAUCUCGUCUUCGUCGUGGUUCAUAACACGAAAAGGUUCAAUUCUGUGCGGUGAAAAAUAAUGUUUUAAAUAUUCGGAUUAAACAUUUGAUCAUUUAAAUCUACGAAUGCUGCGAAUCCAUGAGUUUUGAGAGAAAGUUCACUUAAAACAAAAAAAAAAUGAUCGAUCAUUUAGGGAUUUAAUAUCACACGGAAUAUAGAAUUAAAUUAAACGACAAUUUAUUAAUAAACAAGGGGAAAAAUGAUUAAUAAACAAACUCUAGUGAAAGAU